CUCGAUCAGAAACGUACGGACUAUCGACAGCCUUUGGUUCCGCUGUAGAAAUGGCCUCGUCGGCUGACCGGCUAUAAAUGCCAAAUGAUCUGCAACCUUUUCGGAAUCGGCCGAGAGAACAUAUAACCCCUCCUGAGGCGGUACCCGGGACCACCAAGGAAUUAUUAGCGGUACUUUAAGGAGCGACGAGGUUGAAAAAUAAUGCCACAUUUCUUGUGGCCAGAGCCGCUGUCACCCGCACAACUCAAGCGGCUGGAGGAGCAUAAAUACAGCGCCUCCGGUCGCUCCCUGUUUGAACCGCCGUGUCAGAUCUACUGGAACUGGUUGGUGCAACAAAUACCGAUAUGGAUUGCACCAAACACACUAACUAUUGUUGGACUUUUGGUCAAUAUCUUGUCCACGGUGGUGCUCGUGUAUUACUGUCCAACGGCAACAGAAGAGGCUCCAUUGUGGGCCUUCAUCCUCUCUGCUCUGGGUCUCUUCAUCUACCAAUCCCUGGAUGCGAUUGAUGGGAAACAGGCCAGGAGGACAAACAGCAGCUCGGCACUCGGGGAGCUCUUUGACCACGGCUGCGAUGCCGUCUCCACAGUCUUUGUUGCUGUGGGAACAUGCAUUUCAUGUGGAAUAGGAGGAUACACAAACUGGAUGUUCUUCUGUGGCUUCAUUGGGAUGUUCAUGUUCUUCUGUGCCCACUGGCAGACUUACGUAUCCGGGACCCUUCGCUUUGGCUUGGUUGAUGUCACAGAGGUGCAGGUCGCCAUUAUAAUCAUGUACCUGAUGACAGCUUUUGGAGGCGUGAGCUUUUGGCAUAAUACGUUGCCAGUAAUCGGAGUAAAGCUGUAUGCCUUCCCCAUCAUGGGCAUCAUCGGGGGCGCCCUUUACUCCUGCUACAACUACUUCUACGUCAUUUUGAAUGGAGGUGUUGGCAAGAAUGGCUCUACUGUAGCUGACACCAGUGUUCUGAGUCCUGGUUUGCACAUCGGGCUCGUUCUCACGCUGGCCUUCAUCAUUUUCAAGAAGUCAUCCAGCCAUCUGUUUGAGCACCACCCCUGUCUGUACCUACUCACCUUUGGCAUGGUCAUCGCUAAGAUCUCCAACAAGCUGGUGAUGGCGCACAUGACCAGAAGUGAGCUACACCUUCCAGACACAGCCUUCAUCGGGCCCAGCCUCCUCUUCCUCAACCAGUACUUCAACAGCUUCAUUGAUGAAUACGUGGUCCUCUGGAUCGCCAUGGUCAUUUCUCUUCUGGAUCUGACACGCUACUGCACAGGCGUGUGCCUACAGAUCGCCUCCCACCUGCGCAUCCGAGUCUUCAGCAUCACCACGCCGAGCCACGCCCACCGCGACUGACGGCUUGCCCGGCGGGAGGAGGCGGGGGGAGAUGCAGAUCUCUCCCCGCUCCUGAAAGCAGAUGACGACCACCACCGCGAGGACAGACCCUCGACCCCGAGCCUCGACAACGUAACCACGUCUGAUUGAAAGCGCUUCACCCACUGGGUGGAACGACUAAAGCAGCCAAAAACAAAAAGAAAGUUUGUAAAGUUUUCUUUAAAUUUCUGGCCGUUGAAGCCAAUUGGAUUUUAAUUUAAACAUCACAUCCGCUUAUUCAUCCUGAAUACCAAAAGAUUUUCUUUAAGCAGGUUAAUUCAGAGUUUGGGCAAAUAUCAAAGCAUCUUUAUCCGCUUUAAAGUUUAAGGCUUUUUCAGGAUGGAUGUCCAUAUUUAUUUAAAACACGAGUAUAAAGCAAGAACCAAAAUACCUUUUGAUUUAUGCCCAAACUAAAUAAUUACCUAAUUAAAGUUUUUCUUAAUGGCUUGUAUUUUUAUUUAUUGAAUAACUAAAUCUUGCAUAAAUCAGGGCUUUAAAUUGAAAUUUAAAAUGACCUUUUAAAACCUCAAUUGAUUUCCAAUGACGUGUCCAGCGUGGACGGGCAGGUGGUCAACGAGCUCCAUGAACGGGGUAACUGGUGUUGAUGCUGAAAACAACGACAGGCUCUUUGUUUUUUUUAGGUUUUCCCAACAAACACCACUCUAGUUUCCAGAGUUUUUACUUCCAGUUUGUUUGUCUUAGUCCUGGAAAGCACGCCUAAACUGGCCUUCAGAGCGCCGUCGACUGAUGAAGCAUUAACACUCAACUUGUUCUGCUUUCUCUCUUCUUCUCCCUGAAGGGCUAAUAAUUAAAUGUGUGAUUGUACAGAAAUGAACUGAAGACGCCUUAAAUAUAUUUGUUGUAAUUACUGUUUAACCUGUGAAUAUUUAAAACAGCUUUUAAUGUGUUUUUUUUAUUUGUUUUUCAUACCAGAUACAGCAAUAGUUAAAAUACUACAGGAGUUUUUUUAUUUUUUUUCCUCUAGCUCUUCACUUGUGAAAUAUCCUCACUGAUACGAAUGUCUCGUGUGUAUGUGGGUACAUUUUUUUUAUUUACUUAAGAUUUUUUGGAUUAUUAGUAAUAGUAUGAUGGAACAUCAUUGAAAAGUUUUAAUCUGACACUUAAUUCAGGUUAAUUGGGAUCAAAAGGGAUUUUUCCACAGUUGGUAAACUAAGGAUUAAAAGAAGUUCUAGAUUUUAUUUUUAACCACAUCAGAUUGAGCCUCUGCAGCAUCCAUACAGAGCCACAUUAACGGAUCAUUUUAUGUAAUAACUGGAUGGAUAUUGGAACUAUGCAUUGUAAUGUACAACUCUGAUCUAAAAAACCUUGUUGUACAGUUCAGUAAAACAGUGAAACAUUUGUCUAGUAACAGAUGUGAGCAGAUAAGAUUGUAAUAAAGACUAUUUUUCA